AUGUCUACGGUGCGCGGCAAUAUAAUUGGGUUCAACCAAGCAAUGGCCGAAAAAACCGCUCCCUCUCUCGAAGAGGCCCACAAACGGCUCUAUCAGGAAGGCUUACAGAUCCGGUACCAGGUUGCCGGAAAGCCAUAUGUGGACCGUUCUCUAGCUUCUGCUUCUUCUUUUUCUCAGCCUAUGCAAGACCUUGUCACAGAGGCUUGUUGGGGUUCCGUCUGGUCUAGGCCUGGUCUCGAUCGCAAACAAAGAUCCUUGGUGAACAUUGGGAUGCUCUGUGCUCUCAACCGGGGUGCUGAAUUGGGAGUGCAUGUGCGAGGUGGAAUUAAUAACGGAUUAUCCGAAACCGAAAUUCGAGAGAUUCUGCUUCAAGUUGCCGUCUAUGUUGGUAUGCCGGCCGGUCUAGAGGGAUUCAGAAUUGCAGAGAAAGUAUUGCAGGAAAUUAAAGACCAGAAAUCACAAAGUGCAGAAUGA